CGAACGCGACCUCAAUUUUAUGUUGGUUUUGAGCUAAUCUUCAUCUUUCGACCUACCCCAGAUCGUCACCAUGGCCCAGCUACCCAAAAAUGACCAGCCAAUUCGAUUAUGGGGCGGCAGAUUUACGGGUGCCACGGACCCUUUGAUGGACCAGUACAAUGAGAGUCUAUCAAUCGAUCGCGUUUUCUACGCCCAGGACAUUAAAGGCUCAAUAGCGUACGCCAGGGCCAACGUCAAGACAGGUAUCCUUACGAAAGAAGAAUUCGAGAUUAUUGAGCGAGGUCUGCGGGAAAUUCUCCAGGAGUGGGAGGAGGGCAAGUUCGCGCCAGCACCCGGAGAUGAAGACAUCCAUACUGCGAACGAACGCCGCCUCGGCGAAGUGAUCGGAACAAAGAUUGCAGGAAAGCUACAUACAGGCCGCAGCCGCAACGACCAAGUAUCGACCGACAUGCGCAUGUGGCUCCGUGAUGAGCUGAAUCUGAUUGAGGAGUACCUUGUCGAUUUCCUCAAGGCCAUUACUCAACGUGCUGAGCAGGAUAUUGACUACAUCAUGCCAAGCUACACGCAUCUUCAAAGGGCACAACCUAUCCGAUGGAGCCACUGGCUUCUCAGCUAUGCCACGGCAUUCCAAUCCGAUCUCGAGCGCCUGCGGUUCACGAGAAAGAACAUCAACAAACUCCCUCUUGGUAGCGGUGCCGUUGCUGGUAAUGCCUUUGGCAUUGAUAGGGUGCAGAUGGCAAAAGAACUAGGCUUCGAGGGUCUCAUCAUGAAUAGCAUGUCCGCAGUCGGUGACCGAGAUUUCGUUGUCGAGGCGCUACAAUGUGCCUCUAGUAUCAGCAGUCACCUAUCGCGCUGGUCGGAGGACCUUAUCAUAUACAGCUCGUUGGAAUUCGGUUACGUGAAGCUGGCAGACGCUUAUACAACUGGUAGCUCUUUGAUGCCACAGAAGAAGAACAGCGACUCCCUUGAGCUCCUGCGUGGCAAGUCCGGGAGAAUAUUCGGGUCAAUGGCCGGCCUGAUGAUGACCAUCAAAGGUAUCCCAUCCACGUAUAACAAGGACCUGCAGGAGAGCGUGCAGCCGAUGUUAGAUACUGUCAAGACCUUGAAGGACAGUCUCCAGAUUGCGGCGAGGUCGCUGGCCACAGCUACGGUUUAUCCAGAUAAAAUGCGUGCUGCACUAAGCCCAGACAUGUUGGCAACGGAUCUUGCUGAGUAUCUAGUCAGGAAAGGUGUACCAUUCCGUGAGACGCACCACUUGGCGGGCAAGAUGGUCGCACUUGCCGAACAUGAGGCAAAAGGGAUGAACGAACUCACUAUUGAGCAGUUUCAAGGUAUUGACAAGAGGUUUGGCGACGACGUGCUAAGUGUGUUCGACUACGAGCGCUCUGUGGAGUUGAAGUAUGCUACAGGCGGGACUAGUCGCUCUGCAGUCUUGGAACAGCUGGAAGCACUGAAGAAGACAUGGAGUUAGAGAGAAGGAUCCUUCGUGAGGUUCAGCGAGGAGAAGUUCAUUGAUAUCGCGGAAUCCGUCCUUAUAUGACAUCGCGCGAUAGGUUUAACGUGGCUUUCGUCGUCUGACAGGUUUAUCGUCAUUUGUGACACUGUCGCUCUGUACUUGCAGUCGCCGUCGCUGCUGCUCUAGCUCUGAAUUCCUCGAGAUACCUGUCUGUUCUUAAUUUAUUUUAUGGUACCCGCG